AUGAGCGACCUCGGUCGGGAUCUAUACGUGUCCGCAUCGAGCGGAAACGCGGCACGCGUGGCCUUCCUCAUACAAGAAGGUGCCAACGUCAACUGGAAAAUCAAGAAUGGAACGACACCCCUCUACAUUGCGGCGAUGCGGGGCCGAGAAGAAGUUGUCAGACUUCUUCUGCAAGCCGGUGCCGAUCCCCACGCUAUUUGCAACAACGAGACAGCGUACACGGCAGCGUAUCGUAACAGCUACUUCAGCACAGCCGACCAUAUCAAGACGGCCAUGGAUCGUUGUCCUCGGCCCAGUGAAUUCGUCUUCGCCGACGUGGCUGCCGCACAGCAGAACAACAGCAAUCGCGCGCAACUGGAGGGCCUCGGGGUCUGCCUGUCCAAGGCAGCGCUGCUCGGAGAUGUGGGCCAAGUGCGAGAGCUGCUCGGCCAGGGCGCCAAUGUCCAUUGGCUCAACUCGCACGAGUGCACGCCGCUCUUCGCCGCCGCUAUCAACGACCACGAUGAAGUCGUGGGCCUCCUACUAGAUGCCAACGCAAACGUCAACCACACCUCCAAAGAUGGCCUCACACCGCUCAUGGUCGCGGUGCGAAUGGGUCAUGCCAUAGUUGUGCGGCGUCUCCUCAGCGCAGGUGCCAAAGUCAACUGCAAAGACAAUGACGGCAUUACAGCGCUGUACGCAGCGUCGAAUGGGGGGCAUGCUGACGCCGUGCAGCUGCUCCUGUGCGCAGGCGCCGACGUCAACUGGAGAAACAAUGACGGCAAUACAGCGCUGUACGCAGCGUCGAAUGGGGGGCAUGCUGACGCUGUGCAGCUGCUCCUGUGCGCAGGCGCCGACAACGGCGAUACGGCGCUGCACGAAGCAUCGCGGUGGGGUUAUGCUGACGCCGUGAAGUUUCUCUUGGGUGCAGGCGCCGACAUCAACUGGAGAAACAGUGACGGCGAUACGGCACUGCAACUUGCGAGGAAGGAGGGGCAUGCUGACGUCGCGAAGUUGCUCCUAGGCGCCGAGUCGCCUCUACAAAAAGCAGUCCGCAGCGACAACGUCGGGCAGGUCGAGAGGCUUCUGCGUACCGGCAACAUGGCCAUGGACGAGCGACUUCGGGGAGUCGUCUUUGCGAGCCCUUGGGAUGGCGUCUCACUCGUCGCGCACCCGGCGUUGCAGCAAGAGCUCAUAUCCAAGCUCCAGUGCGUGUCUUCCCGAGCCUCGCCGUUCGCGGGCAUCAACCUGCUUCGAGCCUUGCAGCUCUCGAAGCCGAUCCCUGAGCUCGACUUGCUGUACGCGCUCGAGCUGCUUCACUUGCCCGGCGAUGACGCAACCGCUGUGACGAGCCACAUUGAGAACUACUUGCGCCACUUGGUGCUCACGGGCAGCACCGCCCACCCGAUCCUGCUGCUCGCCUUGGGUCGCUGGCUCAUGGACCUCGCGUUUGUAAAGGCGUUUGCGACCAAGUACCCGAACGCUACGGACGCAUGGCUGCUCCCCGCCGAGAAACAACACCUUGCUCCGGCGCCAGCCGAGUCGCCAUCGCCGCACACGGACCUAUGCACUCGACAGCUCUGGGCAACGUUACCCGGAAAGCCACCAGCGGCGGCGCCGGCCAUGGACGCCCUUCUGAACCUCGUGGGAAUCCCAAAAGUCAAGCAAUUCGCCAUCGGACUCUUUCAAACCUCGGCGGCGCUGGCGAAGAUGACGCCCGAGAUGCGGCAGAAGAACCCAAUUUCUUUAAACUACUGCUUUGUGGGCAACGCGGGCACGGGCAAGACCACGGUGGCGCGCCACUUUGCGACGCUGCUCCACGCCUCAAAGCUGCGCUCCAAGGACGUCUUUGUCGAGACGGAUGCGCGGCAGCUCAAGGACGCCGGUGCACCGGCAUUCGACAAGCUCGUGCAGAGUGCUUUGGAUGGCGUCCUGUUCAUUGACGAGGCGUACGAUCUUGAUCCAAUGGGCGACCUCCGCGGUAAGCCGAUCGUAGCUGCCCUCCUCACCGCGGCCGAGAACCUCCGGGAUCGCAUCACGAUCAUCCUCGCGGGCUACGAGACGGACUUGCAGACCAAGCUGUUUGACUUCAACGCUGGCCUCAAAAGUCGAUUUCAGUUUGUGACAUUUGAGGACUUUGAUGUGACGGAGCUGGCCGAGGUCUGCCGCCUGCAGGUCGCCGCCCGCGGCUGGACCGCACCGAGAGAGUUGGCAACGCUCGUCGCCAAGAAGCUCAUAAUCAGCGCCAACACGAAGGGCUUUGGUAACGCGCGGUCAGUGCGGCAGGAGGUCGAGGCCGCCACGCAGCGGGCCAUGGCGCGACCCACUUUUUGCGGCCAGUCCCUGGUGCUGUGUCUGGAAGACGUCAUGGCCGAGCACGUGUCGGGCAACCCCAAGCUGCAGCGCUACAUGGCCGAGCUCGAGGCCAAGAUUGGCUGGGCCGCCGUCAAGAAGAGUGUCAAGGAGCUGCUCGCACUCUGCGCCAAGAACCAGGAACGCACGCUCGCGGGCAAGGCGCCCCUGCCCGUGCGCCUCCACCGUCUCUUUCUCGGCAACCCAGGCACGGGCAAAACGACGUGCGCAGCGCUCUAUGGCCGCAUCCUCAAGGAGCUGCGUCUUCUCUCGAGCGGUGACGUUGUGCUCAAGACGGCGAGUGACCUCAUGGGCGAAUACGUCGGCGAAGCGCAACAGCGGACGCUCGCUACGCUCGAGCAAGCCAAAGGCAAGGUGCUCGUCAUCGACGAGGCCUAUGUGCUCAACGAUGCGAUUUACGGCAAGGAUGUCCUCAACGUCCUCGUUGAGAAGGUGCAGAGCACGGGCCGUGAAGACAUUGCCGUGCUGCUCCUGGGGUACGAGGCGCAAAUGCUGACCAUGCUCCGGGAGCAAAACCCGGGGUUGGCCCGCCGAUUCCCGCGCGAAGCCGCCUUUGUUUUUGAAGACUACUCGGCCAUGGAGCUGCUUCAGCUCCUCGAGUACACGUGCAAGCAAGAAGAAGUCACUUGUUCGUCCAUGGCGAUGGAGGUCGCGCUCAAUGUGCUGGAGAAGCAGAAGAGCUUGGCCAACUUUGGCAACGCCGGUGCCGUCAAUACGCUCGUGCACCACGCCAUGGCCAAGGCGUCGCUGCGCCCUGGCACCUGCAUCGUCCUCCAACCCGACGAUUUCAGCGACGCAAAGGCAGUCUCUGCCGACCCAUUUGCAGCCCUUGACGGUCUCUUUGGCAUGGCAACCAUCAAGAAGGCGCUAUUGAGCUUGCGCAACGCGAUGCUCGUGGCGCGCGCCGACGGCGAUGCGCUGCCAGCCCUUGGACACUUUGUUUUUCGAGGGUCCCCCGGCACGGGCAAGACCACGGUCGCGCGGGCUCUGGCGACCAUCUUGUUUCAGCUGGACUUGCUCACCGUGGAGAGUGUCGUCGAGACGACGGGACUCGAACUCACGGCCGACUUUUUGGGCCAGACCAAGACGGUUGUCCAGGAGAAGCUCUCGGCGGCCAACGGCGGCAUCCUCUUCAUCGACGAAGCGUACGCACUCGCCGAGGGCAUGUACGGCCGGGAGGCCGUCGCGACACUUGUCGCGGCCAUGACAGAUCCAACGUACAAGAGCCUUGUGAUUGUCGUCGCCGGGUAUCCGCGCGAGAUGGACGCCAUGCUCACCACAAAUGGAGGGCUCAAAAGCCGCUUCACUCGUUUCUUUGACUUUCCUGACUGGUCGCCGGAAGACUGCGUCGCCUUUGUCAAGACGACGAUGACCAAAAGCAACUUUGUGGCCGACGAGAACGUCCACGAGGCGCUCGCCACCUACUUUGGCGUGCUGCGGACGCUCCCAGGCUGGGGCAACGGCCGCGACGUCCAGAGCGUCUGGAAGGCCGUCCUCGGAGCCCGCGCCGACCGCAUCGCUGGGCUCCCGGCGCAGCUGCCAAAGAGAAUCCUCGAGGCCGACGUGGAGACUGCGUGUGGCCUGCAUGUUCGCCGACACGAUGGCAACGGCCGUGGCCUCUGCUGUGGCGUCGCGCGCCCCGAGCGCACGAAGGAAGCCAUGCGCUACGACGAGGCCCGUCACACGGGUGAGAAGGCGACGAUGAAGGCGUGCCAGCGUGAUGCCGGCGUCUCCGACACGGACUGGGCCGAGCUCGAGGCGGCCAAGCAAGCCCACGAAGCCCACCUGGCCGAGUGGCAUCGCGAGCUCGACGCCCAAGCGCUGGCCAAGAAGCUCAAGGAAGAAGCCGAAGUACAAGAGCGCAUUCGCCGCCUCUGCAAGUGCCCGAUGGGAUUCGAGUGGUUCCAGCUCUCGGGGGGCUGGCGCUGCGGCGGUGGCAGUCACUUUGUCACGGACGCAGAACUCAACGCCAAGUUCACCGCAUAA